AUGCAGCCAAAAUUGCCCCACCUGGACUCAUACCGCUUCACGAAACGGGCGGCAGUCUUGUUGUGGUCAUGGAGAGAGCUGGCGGCGGCAAUCUUCUGCCUGAGGUCAGCCGGCACUAGGUGGUGGGCACUGUUGUCAGCCAGUUCUAGGAGGAGCAAGGCCAGUGCCUCCACUUCCUCUAUACCUGGCAGAUGCAGAUGGCUCAUCAGCACGUCUUGCAGGGCAGGACUGUCCUCCUCUUCCGCCUGUUCUGCCUCAGUGAGGACAACGUGCUUCACAGAGACUGUCUAUCGCGUCCUCCUCUGUAUCCUCCUCCCUGCUCAGCCGCCGACGACGACGACUCCUCACGCGAAUGCUCUUCCUCAACUGCAAAUAUUAGUCCCUUGCAGUGAAGCUGGUGGACUGGCACAUGGCAUACUCGACACCAAGGAGCUCCUCCUCUUCGGAGUGCUCAUACGCUUCGGGGAUCGGCAUUGGUGCAGCAAAGUUGGGCUCCAGGACGUGCUCCUUGCUGAAGAGAACCUCAGCCUGCUGGUUGAUGCAUUGGACCUGCCGCGCAUCCAAGCACGGCGUCUGCCGGCCAUGACCACCAGCGACACGGAGCGAUGCCAUCCGGUGGUUCCACUGCACGGCAAAGGACACCAAGUAUACCUGAAACAAAUUUCCAUUUUCACUGUUAUUGUGUGCAAUGUUUACAAGUGAUGACUGUAGCU